AUGAUAGCAAAAAAAAAUUUCAAAUCCGAACAGGAAUUAGGUGCGGCUUCGACAGAGAUAAAAAAUAUUAUUGAAAAUAUUACCAAGGAGUACGGUGAGGGUGUUAUUACUACUUUGGGAGAAAGUAAAUUAAAAGCCCAAAAAACUUUAUCCACUGGCAGUCUACUGCUCGACCAAGCAAUUGGCACCAGUGGCUAUGUUUGCGGAAAAAUUGUGGAAAUAUUCGGUUUGGAGUCAAGCGGCAAAAGCACCUUGGCUUUACACGCGGUCAGUGAAUGCCAAAAGUCCGGCAAAAAAGCGGCUUACAUUGACUUAGAAAAUGGAUUAGACAUCAAAUAUGUACGAAAUAUUGGCGUAAAAAUUGAGGAUUUAAUAAUUGCUUAUCCCAGUAGUGGUGAGGAAGGUUUUGAGAUAAUCAGUAAAUUAAUUAAAGGAGGCAUUGAUCUCAUUAUUGUUGAUUCAGUUUCUAACUUAAUUCCCCGGUCCCAGUUAGAAGCUAAUUUAGAAAAACACAAAAUUGGAAAUCCUGAAACAACCACCGGCGGAAUGGCUUUAAACUUUGACGCUGACUUGCGGAUUAAAUUGAAAAGAAAGGAUAAAAUUGAGAAAAAUAAUGAGUUGAUUGGCAUUGAGGUCGAAGCUCGCAUAGUGAAAAACAAGUUGGCGGCACCGGGCAAAAUUGCUAAUUUAGAAAUAAUUUUUGCCCAAGGCAUUCAAAAAGAGCGGGAAAUUAUUGACUUGGCUACUGAAUUAAAUGUUAUUCAAAAGAGUGGAACUUGGUAUUCUUAUGAAGAAAAAAAAUUAGGCCAAGGGAAAGAAAAUGUUACCGAAUAUUUGUUAGAAAAUCCGGAAUUAUAUCAGGAAAUAGAGAAAAUUAUUAUUGAAACAAUAAAUAACCAUCAAGGAUAUGCUGACUAA